GAGAUAACUGAUAACCCUCUACGUCCUCAACCUAGCCUGAUCGAGCUUUGUACAAAAUCGUCCAACCUCCCACCAUGGCGGCAAGACAACUCACCGGUGCCAGGCAAAAGUCUUUUUCCGGCAACCCUCACUCGACAGCCGGUCUUCACGUGCCCGCUCAGAUCCGUCGUCCACGCAAAGUCCUCUACCUGAUCGCCUUUUUCGGAGCCCUCUAUUGGUUCUCGAUCCGACACGGACUAGGUCAAGAACGAUCGGACUCGUUCGAAAAGGAUCAUGCGUCUCAUCUGAAAGAGCCGGCACCGAUCCCGGGGAACGCGAAUAGGAAACCGAUCAGGAUCGCUGGUGGGCUGAAGCAGGUCGGCAAGGGCAGCGGGGCGGGAGGGAUCUGGGAAGGAGCCUUGGGGAACCUGGGAUUGCCUAGGGUGGGCAAGAAGAAGACUCCGGAUCACCAUCUCAGAGACGAUGGGUAUGUCGAAGUCCAGGCAACUCCUUCAGCGGAGCAUCCUAUCUACGACUUGAUGGAACAGGCUCGACAAAAGUUUGACAACAUGUUGUCCAAUCAGUCGAGAACGUUGAAAGAGGCCGUAGCAGAAUACAAGCGGAGGUAUGGGAUCCCGCCUCCCAAGGGGUUCGAGGCUUGGUGGAAAUUCUGCGUGGACAAGGACAUCAAGAUUGUUGACGACUACGACCGGACAGUCACCGACAUCCUCCCCUUCCACGCCCUCGACCCAGCGACCUUCCGCAAACGUCACGACGCGCUCAAGACCGCCGAUUACGUUUACACCCUAAACGUCUCCCCCGGUAACAUCACCAUCAGUGGUGCCAAAGGCCAGUCUUCUCGACCGACUUCCAUGAAGAACUUGAUCCAGGGGUUCUUGGGAUACUUGCCCGAGGGCUUCGAGGUCGAGUUUACGGGGAGUGACCAUGAUCUAGGCAGUCAGGUCUUGGGGCAGGAUCAGCGAGAGAGAGCUUUGGAGCUGGCUGUCAAGGGUGAACACUUUAGCGAAGACGAACUGAAACGCCUGCAAGACCUAAAAAGAACCCCGAUCAAGGGUUGGUUCAGCGCCUGCAACCUGGAUUCUCCCGCCAAUAUCGUCCCGGGAGCCGAGAACGCUUCGGAGUUGGCAUUGGGACAAAAGUUCAUUCACGACCAUCAAAAGACGUUCGGGUUUUGUGAGAACCCUUGGCUGAAGAGGAUUCAUGGAGCUAUGCAUCUCGACUACUUCGGCCGAUCGCCAUCGGAGCUACGGCCCUUGGUCGUUCUCUCCAAGUACUCUAACAAUGCCGAGAUCCUAGCGGUCCCUCUUCAAGCGUUCCAGAACCUAUCAACUAUCGAAUCCGAGUUCUACCCUUGGGAAGAGAAAGACAUCGACAAGGUCUUCUGGCGAGGAUCUUCCACAGGCGGAUUCAACCAUCAACGACCCUGGCAGGACAGUCAUAGGAUGAGGUUGCACCUGAUGAUCAACGGGCCCAAGGGGAAGGAACAGGUCUUGAAGGAUAGUACGAGGGAUGUGAUGAUGCCCGAUGGCAAGGGAGGUUUCAACCUGGAGACUUUGGACGAGGCGACGUUGACAAAGGCGUACAUGGAUGUCGGUCUGUCCGGCAAGCCAAUCCAAUGCGAGAACACCAAGCUCUGUGAUGAGAUCGCCGAACAGAUCGAGUUCUUGCCUCGAGUCAACCCCGAGAAGGGGUCGAGAUAUAAAUACGCUCUUGAUGUCGAUGGAAACGGAUGGUCUUCCCGUUUCUACCGAUUGUUGACUUCUGGAAGCGCUGUGUUCAAGAUGACCAUCUUCCCUGAUUGGAACCAGGACUGGCUGGUCCCUUGGUUACACUACGUCCCGAUCAAACCUUCUUAUGACGACCUAUAUGACACCGCGGCGUUCUUUCUGGGUCCCAUCGGGCCUGAUGGCGAGGUGGAUACUUCUCUCGGACACCCGGCUCUGGGCAAACAGAUCGGCGAGGCUGGCAGGGAUUUCGCUAGGGAGCAUUGGAGGUGGGAGGUCAUGCAGAGUUACAUGUUCAGGGUCAUUCUAGAGUACCGAAGGGCAUUGAGCGAGGAUCGCGAGGCUAUGAGCUAUAAAGGGUAGGCUGACGGCAACGUACUAGAACCAAUGCGGGCCCGGGUCCUGCUUCGAUACGGAGGACGUUUUAGAUUUUGUAAUACUGGUAAUAGAGGGCAUAUAUGACCAUGAUGUACAGAGGUAUAGCGGUGCAAAAGGUCA